AUGAAUGUAAAUACUACAAACUGUAAUGAACUAAUAGAUGAAUUGAAAUUUAUGUGGAUAGAACAUGAAUUAGGACCACAACGAAUGUCGUUAACACGUCAAAUUUUAAUUGGUAUUGUAUAUACUUCUAUUUUUUGUACUGGUCUACUUGGUAAUUUAGCUACAUGUAUCGUAAUUGCUCGUAAUUCGUUUAUGCAUACCAGGACAAAUUGUUAUUUAUUUACAUUAUCUGUCAGUGAUUUAUUAUUAUUAAUUUUUGGUCUCCCUUUUGAACUUCAAACUGUUUUGGAUAAAUCGUAUCCAUGGAAAUUGGGAACAGUGUUUUGUCGGUUCAGAAUCUUUUUAACUGAAUUAUGUCCGUUAGUAAGUAUACUGAUCUUAACAAUAUUCAGCAUUGAACGAUAUUUAUCAAUAUGUCAUCCAUUUAGAAGAAUUUUACGAUUUUCACAGUAUGAUACUGGACAUCCGUGUAAUCGUACUUCAUAUAUGCAUAAUAUCAAUAGUAAAGCAUCUCACAGUAGUGAAAGAAUAUCAAAAGUAAUGAAUUCACAGAUGAGAAACAGUACGCAAAUACAUUGUUCAAAUGGUCAGUCACAUUAUAAACGUGGCCAUACACCGUAUAUGAUACAAAUCAAUGCUCUUAAAUCAUGCUUUCUAUUAAUUUUCUUUGUCUGGAUUAUUGGCAGUUGUUGUGCUAUAGUAAUCGCUGGAUUGUCAAAAGUAUUUUAUGCUGUCAAUUUACCUACCAUUGACGCAUUUAUGAAUAAUACGUGCACUGAUCAUUAUCACACUACAGUGAUUCAAUUUUAUUUGACACCUGACUGUUUAUUAAACAGUGAGAUGUGGACACCAGGUAAAGCUUUACCCGACUCAGCAGUAUGUGCACCGUCUAAUGAUUCAAAAUGGUCUGCAUAUCUCAGUAUUCCAGUCGUUUUACAAUUAUGGACAUUUUUAUUCUUUUUUACUCCAAUGGUUAUUAUGUCUGUUUUGUAUGGAUUAAUGGCGAUACAAUUAAGCCAUUCAAAUCUCGGUCUUCGUGCACAGAGUAAGUCCAAACACGGAAAGGGUAAAUCAUCUUCAUGCAGCAUUUCCAAAACUCGUUCAUCAGGAAAUUGUCGAAGAGGUAUUGUUAGAAUGUUAGGAUUUCUUUAUUAUAUGAGCGCAACAGUAAAUCCGAUUCUGUAUAGCUUGAUGUCUGCUAGAUUUCGACGUGCAUUUAUAUCUACAUUUAGAAUAAAACAGACAAGAGCAGAAGAUGUGUCAUAUAUCCAUCCGAUAGUUUCGGUAAGGAUUGUUAAAAUUAAUAAACGUGAACAAAAUAUUUGUUCAUUGAAAGAUGAUAAACAAUCUACAAUCCAAUGAACUUUUCUGUUGCAACAGUGUAACACUGAAUAUAUGUGUUUUAAUAAUUUGAUGAACAAAACUAAUGAGACAAAAAUUAUAGAAUAAAAGUAUUGUAUAUGUAGAACAAUAUCAUCAAGUUUUAUAAACUGUCGUGCAUACUUCUCUCACUGGGUUCAAUAAAAUAUGUUACUG